AUGAGUAGGAAGUCUGGUCGUCUUCCUAAGUUCCUUGUCCUUGCACCUACACGAGAACUGGCUAAACAAGUGGAAAAAGAAAUCAAGGAGUCUGCGCCAUAUUUAAGCACUGUUUGUGUAUACGGUGGUGUCUCUUACACCAUUCAGCAGAGUGCUCUGACCCGUGGCGUUGAUGUUGUUGUUGGAACUCCUGGAAGAAUCAUUGACUUGAUAGAAGGAAGGAGCCUCAAGUUAGGUGAAGUUGAAUACUUGGUGCUUGAUGAAGCUGACCAGAUGCUUGCUGUUGGGUUUGAGGAGGCUGUUGAAUCGAUUCUUGAGAAUCUCCCACAGAAGAGACAAAGCAUGCUUUUCUCAGCUACUAUGCCUACUUGGGUUAAGAAGUUGGCUAGGAAGUAUCUUGACAAUCCCUUGAAUAUUGAUCUGGUUGGGGACCAAGAUGAGAAGCUAGCAGAGGGAAUCAAACUCUAUGCAAUCUCAGCUACAUCAACCUCAAAACGCACUAUUCUAAGUGACCUUAUAACAGUGUAUGCAAAAGGUGGAAAGACCAUUGUGUUUACACAAACAAAAAGAGAAGCAGACGAGGUCUCUCUAGCGUUAUCAAACAGUAUAGCUUCUGAAGCACUUCAUGGAGAUAUCUCUCAGCAUCAAAGAGAGAGAACACUCAACGGUUUUCGCCAAGGGAAGUUCACAGUCCUAGUUGCCACUGAUGUUGCAUCUCGUGGACUUGACAUCCCCAACGUUGAUCUAGUUAUCCACUAUGAACUUCCUAAUGAUCCAGAGACUUUUGUGCACCGUUCUGGUCGUACUGGGCGUGCAGGGAAAGAAGGUUCAGCUAUUCUCAUGCACUCUAGUAGUCAAAAGAGAACAGUGAGGUCUUUGGAGCGUGAUGUAGGCUGCAGAUUUGAGUUUAUUAGCCCACCAACUGUUGGAGAGGUGUUGGAAGCUUCAGCAGACCAAGUGGUGGCUACUUUAGACGGUGUUCACCCUGAGUCUAUAAAGUUUUUCUCAGCAACUGCUCAGAAACUUUUUGAGGAGAAAGGAACAGAUGCUUUAGCUGCAGCUCUAGCUCACCUCAGUGGUUUCUCUCAGCCACCUUCAUCUAGAUCUCUCCUCAGUCAUGAACAGGGAUGGGUGACUUUGCAGUUGAUAAGAGAUCCAACAAACUCUAGAGGUUUCUUGUCUGCGAGAUCUGUCACUGGUUUUCUUUCAGACGUAUACGGUCCAGCUGCAGAUGAAGUUGGAAAGAUCUUCUUGAUUGCAGAUGAAAGGUUGCAAGGAGCUGUUUUUGAUCUACCAGAGGACAUAGCCAAAGAUCUACUAGAGAAAGAAUUGCCAGAAGGAAACAGUGUAUCCAUGAUUACAAAGUUGCCUGCGUUGCAAGACGAUGGACCGUCUAGUGAUAACUAUGGUCGGUUCUCUAGCAGAGACAGGAUGCCUAGAGGAGGAGGAGGUUCUAGAGGGUCAAGAUUUGGAGGUAGAGGAGGCUCUUCACGAGGACGUGAUAGUUGGGGAGGCGAUGAUAACAGAAGAGGUAGAAGCAGUGGUGGUGGAGGAAGUAGCUGGGCACGUGGUGGUGGUUCCAGAGGAAGUUCUGAUGAUUGGUUGAUUGGUAGUGACAGAAGAUCAUCAUCAAGCAGCAGAGCUCCUUCCCGGGAGAGGAGUUUUGGAGGUGCUUGCUUCACUUGUGGAAGUUCAGGACACAGGGCAGCAGAUUGUCCUGACAAGAGAGGGUUUUAA